UAAAUGUUUUUAAGGCUUCACAUUUGGCACCAAAGUAUAAAGAGUCAGGAUUAAAGCUUCUGAUUAGAGAUUAAAAACACAAAGCAAUGUAAAUGUGUGGAUUUGCAGCUUUUUUCCAGCUUUUCGGUGUAAAUAUGAACCAGCGGGGGGAAGACAGAGGUGCAGCGGUGAGGCUUAAAGUGACGCUGGAGGCUGAGGAGAGGGGUGGCAGAUUAGAGGGAUUACACCAUUUCAGGAUGCGUUUGUGACCAGAAAUUCCCCGAGAAAGACAGAAGAGAAGAAGAGUUGGAGUGGCGUCGCUCGGCUUCUAUUGGCCGGUUGGGAUUACAGCCGGAGAGGUGAGGCCGGCGACGCUGGGCGGGAAGAUGAGGAGCGUCCAGAGGCGGCUGCAGACGCACAAAUCAGGUUCUUAAGGAGCUUUUUGGUUCAGGGCUCUGGACCAAGCGGAGAUCACCAGAGGAUUGGAGGCUCAGAGGACGAAGCCGAGAGGCGGCUGUUUGCGGCAGCGUCGGGCCUGAAGGUGUUAAUCAGAGAGAUAUUAGCCUCAGAGUUCAUGUGGAGGUCUGGGAGAAGAUCAAGUCUCCUCAUGGCUGCUGUCGGCUGCUUCCAUCUGAGGAUGUUCUCAGGUCAGCCGGUGUUCGGACACAUCAGUUCCCACGGAGAUCAGUAGCAUCCACAUCUGCAUCCUCUGGAUUUAUUCACCUCCAUCUGUCCUCUCCAACCCGGUUCCUUCUAAUCGCUCUGACUGUCACCUACCUCACCAGCUGCUGGUCUCCACGGUUACAUCACCUUCAUGUUUUAAAGCUGGCAGCUGGUCACCUGUGGCAGCCUCCGUCCGUCAGAGCCUUCCUCCCCCGUGGCCAUGCUGGAGAAGCUGUCCCGCCGCUCCCGCUCCCUGCUGUCCCUCACCCUCACCACGCUGGCCCUGGCCCUGUCCAUCCUGGCGCUCUGCACCUCCUACUGGUGCGAAGGAACCCACAAGGUGGUGAAGCCGCUCUGCCUGUCGCCGGUCAAGAUGAAGAACUGUGGGCAGAACAACAGCGAGCCGUACACCACAGAGAGUCCAACUCAGAACCCGUUCAACCGGACCUUGUCUCCGGCCCGGAGGGAGGAACUGGCCAAGAUCCGACAGCGGCAGCUGGCCAACGCCGUCCAGUACAUCUGGGAGACGGGAGAGGACAAGUUCGCCUUCAGAUAUUUCCACACGGGAUUCUGGGAGAGCUGCGAAAAACACAGUGAUGGGGAGAAAUGUCGCAGCUUCAUAGAGUUAACUCCAGGAGAAACACAAGGUGUUCUGUGGCUGUCGGUGGUGUCUGAGUUCACCUACAUCGGGCUGCUGGGGAUGGGUUUCCUCCUGAUGUGGCUGGAGGUCUUGUGCUCCCAUAAAGAAAUGCACUCGCUGAAGAUCAACGCCUUCGCAGCCAUCUGCACGGUGCUGUCAGGUCUUCUUGGGAUGGUGGCCCACAUGAUGUACACCACGGUGUUCCAGAUGACGGUGAUAGUUGGACCCAAAGACUGGAGGCCUCAGUCCUGGGACUACGGCUGGUCAUUCGCUCUGGCUUGGGUGUCCUUCAGCUGCUGUAUGGGCGCCGCCGUGGUCACCCUCAACUCCUACACCAAGACCAUCAUCGAGCUCCGGCGGCGGCAGAGACUCCAGCUGGAGGAGGCCAGAGCCGCCACCCGGGCCCCGGCCUACGAGGAAGUGGUCCCGGGCGGCGGGCUCUACUCCGUCAGCGGCCUGCUGCAGUGUCCAGACGGGAUGAUUGAUGUGGCCUGGGCCCCAAACGGCAGCGUGGUCGGAGUCGGGAACGGAGACGUGCCGACGUUGGUGCUGGUGGGAGGAUGUGGACCGGAGGGCUGCGAGGACUGUGAGAGGGAGAUGGACGAGAUGGAGGACGCCAUGGACCGAGUAGAUUCACCCUGUUAGGGCUUUAAAAGGACCAAGAUACAAAACCAGAUCCUGGUGCUUCCUCACCUCCAGCUUGACUUCCAGUAGUCCUCUCCAAAGCCCUGGAGAAUGGUCUGAUUCAUCACUUAAUCAUUCUGCUGUAGGGGUAAAAAGAAAACAACAAUCUGGCUUGUUUGUAUUUCUUUAAACCAAUCACAGUUGUUCUGGGCGGGGCUAAGCCCAGGAUGCAGUGAUGGUGUCCCUGCAAAAUAACUUUAGGGAAUUGUUCUGGUGGAACGUUUGCACAAAGGGAGGUGAGCCAAGCACUUUGAGUUUUUAGGUUGCUGCUCAGAGGUUGUUGUUUUCUGUGGUGGAAGAGAUUUUUAAAACACACAGAUAGCAGAAAAGGAGGAUAAAUCUGCUGCCACAAUGACAGUCUUACACCAGAAAUCUACAUCUGAUGAGUCAGACGAGGGGAUUAAGUAAAGGGACUGCAUAAACUGAAAAUAAAAGACACUGUCAGUGAACUGAAACACAAAUCUUAAACUGAAGAAUGGUCUGCUGCACCUUAUUGUUAUUCUGCUAAGGGGUAGAAACACUGUGACAUGUUUGUAUUUCUUUAAACCAAUCACAGUUGUCCUGGGCGGGGCUAAGCCCAGGAUGCAGUGAUGGUGUCCCUGCAAACUAAGGUUUGGGGUAAUUGCUGUGGUGGAACGUUUGCUCACGGGGAGGUGGACCAAGCAGGUCUGACUUGAUCCAAGUCGUGUAGGUUGCCGCUCGGAGGUUGUUGCUGUUGUUUUCUGUAGUGAAAGGGAUUCUUAAAACACAAGAUAAGUUUACAUCUGAUGAGUGAGACGUGGGGAUUAAGUAAAGGGACUGCAAAAA